UUAAUAUUAAAAUAUUUAUAUUAUACUAUUAUACUAUAACACGAUAUAGAAUAAAAUUCUAAUUCUAAUUUUCUUAACUAAUAACUUAGUACUAUAAUAAUCAGAAUUACGCGGUCGCUCUCCGGUUAUCAUUGGAGGGAAAAGUUGAACACAUCCGUGUGAACGUUAUCUACGACAAUUUAUUAUCAUUAAAUAUGAUAGCGAAAUAGAGGUGAAUAGUGAAUACCGAAUUUUAUUAUUUUAAUGCUACGAAAAUUAUUUAUAUUUUAGGGACCUAUGGUACAAAUUUAAUAACACACAAAACGUAGACUGUAUUGUGUUGAAAUCAUCGUCCAUCGGAUUUGGACGUCGAAGUCAACGACAACAAACUUAAAAAAUAUCACUUGGUUUUUCUAGAAAUUCAUUUGGAUUCAUCUUCGAAGUCUUGUCAUUCGUUGGCAACGGAUUGCUAGUCAAACGAAAUCAUAGUGAUCGGUCACUGUCGCGUACCAUGAACAGAACCAGCGCGACUGCAAUCAAAGAACAUUACGAAGAGACGCGACCGGGAAUUAGCUCGUACUUGGACUGCUUGACUAGAUCGUACGGCACAGGUGUGGGCGCGCUGGCGUUCACGUUCGCCGUGGUGCACGUGACGCAGCAGAUCGUCAUCAAGCGGUUUCCUGCGGUGCGCAGGACCCAUUUAGCCGUAUCCGCGGUAGCUGGUGUGGUGGCUUCGUACAUCGCGGCCAAGGACAAGGUGCGCAAAUGCAGGGACUCGUGGGCCGCUUCGCGCGAACAGUGACGGCCGUGCGACGCGGUCGUCUCGUCA